CACCUUAGCGUAUCGAUUCUCACAUCGGACAAAGUGAUCAGCUUGGUGUUCCUAUUAUCGUCUAGCUAGCUUCACACCACUGCCGUCUCUCCUACCUCCUGUCUUGCAGGCGAAGACCACAAUGUCUUCCGAACUUGACGUCGACCUUUCUCUCCUUGUCUCGUUCCUAGACUGCCACGCGUUGCCAUCUGCCAUCGUUAGCUAUGAUAUGGUCAAUGGCAGGCAUACGGAUCUAUCUAUGGUCUAUGCCAACUCGUCGUUCACGGCAUGGCUCGAAAGUAUCGAACUCCCUCAUCAAGCUUUCAAGGAAUGGGCGGAAGACCCUCCCAUGUGGGAGGGAAUUGAACACGGCAAGACGAAGAGUAUACCCUAUGCUCGCUUGAUGUGGUGCAUGUCUGCUGUGGGAAAUCGAUUCGGGAUCCUGCAGUCACAGACAAGGUUUGGAGAUCGGUCUCCAACGGACAGCAACGAUUCAGCGAGACCACGGAAGCGCGUACGAACUGACGAGUUGUCCUGGGAGUUCUCACCUUUUGUCGUUUCAAGUAAUGAGCUACAGCGCUCAAUUCCCUCACCCGCGGCCUCGGCCUCUCCAGAGGACAGCUUCGUUCGCAUAUUAGAUUGGACCCGACACGAUAUUCCAGAUGCACCUGAAUUUGUGCAAUGGUUGCGGAACUACGACUGGUCACGAACAAGAGUUGGACCAAUGGCAUCCUGGAACCCUAUUGUUCGCCAAUACGCGAUAUCGAUCGUUAGCAACCCGCAGGCCCGGGCCAUCUACUUCGGACUCGAAGAUCCUUUUAUGCUGUACAAUGAAGCAUGUUCAAAACUUCUCGGUCAUCGGCACCCCGAGGCCAUGGGUGUGCAUGGAUCUGUGGGAGCAGGUCCAGCUUGGGCAACAAAGUAUAGCGGCAUCAAAGAGGUUUGGCUGAGUGGUCAACCUGCCCAAUAUCAUGACUACUAUCAUCCAGUCCCCAGAGGAGGCUUGCCUUGGGAGGAGGCAUACUUCUCUUGGAGUGUUCUACCAAUUUCAGAUGACAACGGCAGGAUGGUCGGCGUAAUGAAAGAAUUCUGGGAAUCGACGACCGACGUUGUUCUCAAGCGAAGACAGCAGACACUAGACCAGGCCGAAAACAUGAUCGCCUGGGGAGAUGGCAUCGAGUCUUACUGGUCAAAAGUCCGUCAAAUUAUCGAAGCCAAUACUCAGGACUUCCCGUUCUGUAUUAUGUACUCCGCUCCCCAAGACCCUCAUCCCGGAAAGCGCGGGCAUGCAACAAUCGAAGAUCUGGUACCCACUGCGCUCAAACUUGAAAAGUUGGUGGGCCUAGAGUCCGAUCACCCCAUAGCAGUCGACAGUCUGGAUCUCACUGAGGACCACAACUUGCUCGUAAAGCUAUUUCGCACCGCGUGGAUCUCAGAGAAGAAUAUUAUCAUCAGCGAUAAGGAGCACAAUUUUCCGAAGUCUCUUCAAGUAAAGAUACCUAGACGAGGUCUCGACUCUCGAUGUCGUUCAGCAUUGAUCUGUCCUAUCAAGCGGGUCGAUGGCCCCGGCUCGGUCGGAUUCCUGUUCUUUGCGAUCAAUCCUCAACGUCCAUACGAUGCCGCCUAUCAAACCUUUGUGAGCUCGUUAAUGGAUAAAUUUAUGAAGGCUGCGGCAGGUAUUCUUGUGCCAGAGGAACGAGAGAAGUUGAGACAACGGUGGCAAAAGGCCCGCGAUCAAGAGCGAGCUUUCACCAAAUUGGCCAAUCUCGCAACCGUGGGCCUUGCGUUAUAUUCUCCUUCUGGCGAGCUAAAGUGGAGAAACCCAACUUACGCGACACUUACCAAUCUGAAGAUUGACGAAUGCUCGCCAUCCGGGUAUUCGUUCCCAACGCAUCCAGACGACCGACAUAUCUUCGACCAAUAUCUUGCCAAACUGGCUAAAUCUGACAAUCGCAAUUUCGAACCCAUCUUUCAAUUCCGCGUGCUCAAGAACUUUUCGACAACAGAUGCCUUGAAUAAGCCUGAGGCUUGGAGGUGGUUGCUUGCGCAUGCGUCCCGAGAAUGGAACGAGCAUGACGAACUGGAAUGGAUAGGAAUCUACGUCACCGAUAUUACACCACAACUUGUUGAAAAAGAGCAAAGGUUAGAAGAUGCCUUGGAGACUAAGCGACAAAGCGACAACUUCAUUGACAUGACAUGUCAUGAGAUGCGAAACCCACUAUCAGCAAUUAUUCAAUCUGCAGACGGCAUUCUCACGUCUUUUGACUUGGAACCUCUCGAAGUCACAAAGAACCAUGAAGGACAGAAUGCUGGGUCCAUCCCUGAUGAAUUACAAGCAUCCAUUCUCGAUUCUGUCCAGACUAUUCUAUUGUGCGCCCAGCAUCAGAAGCGCAUCGUGGAUGACACACUCACACUGUCAAAACUCGACUCAAACCUACUUCUCAUAGCCCCAGACCGUGUCAAACCGACUACGCUUGUUGAAAGGGUUCUAUCAAUGUACGAGGCAGAGUUAGCCGAAGCAAAGAUCGCUGCCUGCUUCAAGGUCGAGCAGACUUAUACUGACUUGGGCAUCGACUGGAUAUUGCUUGAUCCAGCGAGGCUCCUACAAAUCCUAAUUAACCUGCUUACCAACGCGAUCAAAUUUACGAGGAAAGAGGACGCCAAGAAGAUCAGUGUUGUUCUCGGAGCGUCCGUACAGCCUCCUUGCGCCGGCACGACCAACGUAUCCUUCAUCCCACAGCGAACGGCUCGUGCAGACCCCAUGUCAGCCCCCGAGUGGGGCAAAGGGGAAGAUGUAUAUCUCCAGUUUGAUGUUUGCGACACGGGCAAAGGCCUUACAGCAGAAGAAGUGUCAAACCUGUUCCGACGCUUCUCGCAAGCGUCCGCGAAAACAUAUUCGCAGUACGGCGGAUCCGGACUUGGGCUGUUCAUCUCCCGUGAACUGACCGAACUCCAAGGAGGGCAAAUAGGCGUCUACUCUGUCCCAGGCCAGGGCAGCACCUUUGCCUUUUAUAUCAAAGCAAGACGAUACAAGCCCGAGGCUGCUGACGAACGGCUGUUUGAGGACGAAUCAACACCAGGCGUACACUCUGCCAAGAAGACAUUGGCAGCAGCGCUUGCAUACGAGAAUGGCGCACUCUCAGGCACUCCUCAUCCGCGUGCCGAGUCGAGCAUUCCCAACUCACUGGUUCCGAGCGACUUACACAUUCUGCUUGUUGAAGACAAUCUCAUCAAUCAAAAGGUCACGGCGAAUCAGCUGCGCAAAGUCGGAUGCACAGUCCAUAUCGCAAACCACGGUGUCGAGUGCCUUGCCGUCCUAGAAAAGUCGUGCUUCUGGCGGAGUGAGGAUGCUACGACUCCUGCAACAGCGCUGAUCCCUUUGUCGGUCAUUCUUCUAGACCAGGAAAUGCCCGUCAUGGAUGGUUUGACAUGUGUACGUAAGAUUCGAGAAUGGCAACGGGAGGGAAAGCUCAACGGGCAUGUACCAGUCAUCGCUUGUACUGGCAAUGCAAGACGAGAGCAGGUCGUUAGUUCGUUGGAGGCGGGAAUGGUAAAAUCCUCGGGUCUGUGAGUUAUUCAAGGGAUAUGCUGACGUUAUUGUACAGGAUGAAGUUGUCACCAAGCCUUUCCGCAUCAAUGAGCUACUGCCGAAGAUGUUCGAGCUCGUACAGAGAGUGAAGGUGGCGAGCGCAGUUCCGGGUAUCACGGACGGAUCGUGAGAGGAUUUCCCGGAACGAAUUCGGUCUUUCGCUUUAUAC